AUGCCUAUUGUAUAUUUUUUUCUUGCAAAUAAAACGAAAGAAACUUAUUUGAAUAUGUGGAAAUAUCUUUUGGAACUAUGUCAACAAUUUUUUACUUCAACUUUCGAUGUUCAAAAACUGCAUUUUGAUUUUGAAUCUGGAGCUCAUGAAGCUGCAAAAGAAAUAUUUCCGAACGUGAUUAUUGUAACAUGCCGUUUUCAUUUAGUCCAAGCUUGGUGGAGAAAGAUUAAUGGAGAUUCAAAUUUGAGAAAUGCAUACAAAGAUUAUAACAAUGAAGUGGCUAAAAUUAUUUUUUGGCUUACCAUUUUGACCCGGUGA